AUGAAGGAGAGAACGGACGACGCUCCAUCAGAGCCGACGCACUUGCUGAUUGUCGAUGUUCGUGAGGAUUCGGCGACCCUAAACUGGGAUAUGCCUGCCUCACAUUUUGGUGGCAUAGAAAGCUACGUUGUCCAACUUUUUUUGGCCAAUGACACCUUGAAUUCAAUUGCUACAGUGAGAAAUCCUCAAAGUGUCACAUUAUAUGUUUAG